AUGGAAAUAUCGCCCCGUCCAAGCCAAUAUCAUCUCUCAAAGGAACGGAUAAUUGGUGGUGUGCAAAGUCGGCAUGAACCUCGAGAUUCCGAUGUCUAUAUUGCAGUGAUGGGCGUAACCGGUGCUGGGAAGAGCACCUUCAUCUCACACCUGGCAGAGUCAAAAGUUGAAGUGGGCGAUGGCACUCAGCGCGUGGAGAUGUAUCGAUGCAAAUUCAGUGGCCCAGUGAAUAUAUGGCUCGUAGAUACGCCGGGCUUUGACGACACCCACCGAAGUGACACGGAUGUCCUCCGCGAAAUCGCAAGAUGGCUGACCGAGUCGCUUUCUGCCAACAACGUUAUCCUGAAUGGCAUGAUAUACCUCCACCGCAUUACUGAGGCCCGAAUGCGGGGGUCGGCGAUGAAUAAUUUGUUCAUGUUCAAGAAGCUGUGCGGUCCUAAUGCUUUCAAGAAUGUCAUCUUGGCCACGACCGUGUGGGAGCAGGUGAGCCCUGAGGAUGGUAAACGGCGCGAGGAACAACUCAUUCAGACGUCGAAUUUUUGGGGUGAGAUGAUCCUGGGCGGAGCACAAGUUAAGCGGCAUUACAACAAUGCUGAUUCGGCGUGGCGCUUGGUGGAUGUCUUCGCGUCAAAGGGUUCGACGAAGCAAAAGUCUGUUCUGACCAUUCAGCAUGAGAUGGUCAAUGAGCACAAGCCACUAGACGAGACAGAUGCCGGUCGAGAAAUUGAAAGUUCAUUGAUUCGAGAGCGAGAGAAAUGGUCUCGCGAGCUAAAGGAGACUAAAGAUAUGAUGCAUGAAGCCUUGAAAGCCAAGGACAAGGAGUCAUUGGAGCAACUGCGGAUUGCAGAAGACAAAAUGAACAAGAAGAUCGAAGCUAUCGAACUGGAACGUGAAGAACUGAAGGCCGGAAUGAAAAGGAUGUAUGAGAAAGAGGUAUCAAAGUUACGGCGUGAAUUGGCGCAGCAAAGCCUGAAUAGUGCCGGAGCCUUGGAGAAAGUUGCGCAAAUGGAAAGGAAUUUUGAAUUGAUGAAGUUGCAGGCGGAACAAAGAGAGGAAGAUCAGGCGGGACAAGAAGAGGAAGAUUCUUCAGAUGAAGAUAUUGACCUGCAGUUAACCAUGACCACAGGCGAUCGUCAUAGUGAAACAAGUUCAAUGCCCGGCUCACCCAUCAAGGGAAACGUUAACAUUUCUCUGUCGGGCGGAUCAGCUUUCUUUUCUGGUCCGAAGUAUUCCUGCUGGUUAGUACCUUGA